UCAUUCUGCUUGCAAGGCGUUUUUGAAGCGGCUUUAGUUAUGCGGAUAGUUUCAAAUAAGUCAGUUUUGCAUAAAAGUUGUUCCAAAUAUUAGUUUCGCGCCCCUUUGUAGCAAAUUACGUUUCAAAAUGUCCAGAAACACACUCUUGUUCAUAAUAGUAUUGAUAAAUUCCAAAUUCGCGACUCCAGAAGAUGUCGUGUUUACGUUGCUUCGUACAUUUUGCGGUUGUAGCUUAGCAUUUGCUUUUCUCCAUACAUAGGCUCUUUCCAUCCGAUCUAAACAAAUUUAACUCUCAUCUACAAAAAUUUUCGGUAUUCCAGAAGCUUUCAUUCUUAUAUGUACUUCGACUUUUAGCAUUGAUGUGUGAUUUAUAUCGGUCUGUUCGACCAUUGAAACCAACUUUCCUGAACACUUCUUAUGGUUUCCAGAUGUGAAUUUUUCCAAGAAAUUUUUCCGCUUUGUUGAUUAAAGUUAAAGUUGGAGUACGUAAACCCUUCGUUAAAUAUUUUAUUAAGAGCCGAUUUCUUUUUAUUUGUCUGUGAGCUUACAUUUCGGUAUAUGAACAUGUUUUUACAUAAAGAUUGUAAAGAAUAAAUAAUUUUAGCUCUUUUUUUAUUAAAAAUAAUAUUCCUGGCCGGGGUGUUUAUAAUUCAUUCGCACUUAAAAGAGCUAUGAACAACCCGGUGUUGGAUUAGAAAAGGAAUUCCAUGUGAAAAACUAAUAAAAAGUGAUUUUGGGUGUAGAUUGGAAAAUGAGCUACUUCAAGUAUGGUACUUCUACAAGGAUAUAAAGCAGAACUAAAUAUAAGAGUGAGAGAUCCUAAGGUAUAACACAAGUUUAUUUUUACCUUCCACCCAUAGAGGUUCAGGAACGUUCGAUUGAAUGCUACGAUAACUAAAAAUAAAGAACUGCGAUUAGCUUAUUACCAGACACGGAGUUCCACGCGCCAUUAAAGUUGCCAAGAAGGAAAGUUAAAUAACUAGUAAUGGCCACGAGUUCUUCCCAAACACUUGCUCUUCAGAGCAAAUCCAGUGAGCAGAACCGCUUCAUGGAUAAAUUAAUGACGAAAAUAUUUAGCUUCUACGACGAGCAGUCUCUGAUCGAUGUGACAUUCAAAGUUUCAAACCCAACGGCUCUUGUACCUGCGCAUCGUUUAAUACUCGCAGCAGCGAGUCCUUACUUCGAGAACCUUUUCAAUGGCAAUCAAAGCACUAAUCCAGUCAUCGAGAUAAAUGAUAUCGAUAGCAAUAUUUUUGAGCGCCUAAUAACCUUUUGUUAUACCGGACAGGUCCUCAUUACCGUUAACAAUGUCGCUGCCAUGCUAAAUGCGGCAAUCGUUUUGCAGUUGGAGGAUGCCAAAAACCGUAUUGUGGACAUCCUCAUGACACGUAUCGAUGAAUACACUUUACAGGGUGCUUAUACGAUGGAGCGUGAAACGCAGUGUGAAGUUCUUAAGAAGAAAAUCAUCGAAUACGAGACACAGCAUUUCAUGGAGCCGAAGCGAUGAGUUUUUGAAUUUUGAUGUAGAAAAAUUGCAACGUAUUCUAGUAUCUGACAAUUUGAAUAUAACCCGUGAGGAAGAUGCCUUCGAUGCCAUACAACGCUGGUACAAUUACGAUGUUCC